AUGGACCUCUCCAUAAAGACCCUCCGCGGCCUCGUCACCGAACCCACACAUACGAGAUGGAUAGCACCGUUGAUGCUCCUCGGCGAGGCCGCGCUCUGUGGCCUCAUUAUCUGGCGGGUGCCGUAUACCGAGAUCGAUUUCACGACGUACAUGGCCCAGGUGCGCAUGUUCCUUUCCGGCGAGCGAAACUAUGCAAAAAUCACAGGCCCUUCGGGCCCUCUUGUCUAUCCGGCCCUUCAUCUCUACAUUUACUCGAUCCUCUACACCCUCACCGAGCAGGGAACCGACAUCCUACGCGCCCAGAUCGUCUUUGCCGGGUUAUACCUCGUGACGCUGGCCGUCGUGUUUGCGUGUUACAGGCGGGUGGGCGCACCACCGUGGCUUCUGAUUCCGUUGGUGCUGAGCAAGAGAAUGCAUUCUAUAUUCCUACUGAGGCUUUUUAAUGACUGCUGGGCGACGCUGGGACUUUGGCUUGCAAUAUAUUGGAUGCAACGGCGGCAGUUCGGAAGGGGAGCGGUCAUAUGGGGACUGGGACUGGGAGUGAAGAUGACUUUGUUACUAGCUGCACCCGCGGUGGGAGUCAUCAUUUUGCAGGCCCUCGGAACAGGCGAUGGGCUUUUCACAGGUCUAUACGUCUUUGUCCUCCACGUUAUCAUGUCUAUGCCCUUCUUCGGCGAAGGGACAAACUUCUCCUACGUCCAACGCUCAUUCGAUUUUGGGAGGCAAUUCCUGUACAAGUGGACGGUCAACUGGAGGUUUGUUGAUGAAGAGACGUUCCUGUCUCGCAAUUUUGCCAUCAGUCUCCUGGUCAUCCACGCCUCCUUGCUGCUCCUGUUCUUCCAGACAAAGUGGAUCAAGCCCAGUGCUUCGAACUUGGCCGAGUUUGCGAAGAAGUACCUAGGGGGCAUGAAAGAGGCGGAGGAGCUGAGGAUCUCCAAAAAGGUCACCCCGAGCUUUGUGAUGGACACAGUCCUGGGGAGCAUGGUGAUUGGGAUGCUGUGCGCCAGGAGCCUGCACUACCAAUUCUUUGCAUAUCUCGGCUGGGCGACUCCAUAUCUGCUGUGGAGGGCUGGUGGUGGCCCUGUUUGGGUCCUGUUGAAUUGGGCAGUGCAGGAAUAUUGCUGGCUGGUAUAUCCAAGCACCAACGUCAGCUCAGCGGUGGUGGUGGCAGAACUGGCGCUGCAGGUUAUGUGCGCCCUUGUUGCGCCACCCGUGGAUCACAUCAGUCUUCCACCAGCAACUUCGGAGGAUUUGAGGAGCUGA